UGCGAACUUAAACUCAGCACUAUGCCGGCAAUUUAUAAAACUUCUGUUUGUUUAGGCCUAGAUCAAAUUAUUUAUUAAUUAAGGUAACUCUCUUAUCAUUGCCCUUUUAUUUGAUGGAAUCACAUGAACACAGCCAGUCAUGUUUGUUAAUAGUGGAUAAAAAGCAUCCCUACUUUUACUUCAGACUUCAGUUGACAAUAGAUGAUGAAAAUGUUAAUGAAUUAACACAUACACAGUACAAAUACUUAAUUAUGCAAGCUAUUACAGAAACUUUAGGGCAGAUAGGUGCUGCCACAACUGUUGAUCUUAUAAGAGUUAUGGACAGUGGCAUGGCUUUGGUUAGAGUUCCAAGCAGUAAAGCUGAGAAGAUUUGGGCAUCACUGACACUUUACGGGACAACUCCAGCCAAGAGAAGAUGUGCAUUUAGAGUUCUCCAGGCUUCUCCAUUUCUUAUGUGUCUUGCAUUUAACUCAAGAGAUGUGAGGUGACAAUAUGACAGAUUCACAUCUUGAUGAAACAGUUUUGUACAUAUUUAGAAUAAAACAGGAGAACAUUUUUUUUUACUUCAUUCAGCUGAAAACUUAACUUAGUAGUGGAUUUCAAGCUGAUUUGACGGAAAACCAACAAUGUGUAACACAGUAUUUCUCUUCUUGUUUUUUCUUCUAAAAGCUCAGAGAUACCUCCUUAAUUGAGCUCAUAUAACUAUUAUUAUAUAUUGUUACUUUUAUUUAAUAAGAGAAGUAAUAAAAUAUUUGUGUAUUUUUUGUAUAUAAAGAAUGACUGUUAUUCAAUUUUCAUGAAUAUUACAAUUUCACUUAUAAUGCAUAAAAUGAUUAAAACCUCUUUACAUCAAAACUAAGGAUGCAUUUUUAAUUUUUGUUUUAAAUGCUCAUGAA